AUGCCCAACCUUCAGGCGGCGAAGCCUAUAGUGAGGCUCAAGUGUCCCAACGGGACAUACAAAGAGAUUCAGGAAGGUGAACUUUUCGAAGCGAACGGAGGGAAGCCUGAAGACCUUCUAGAUGACGAGAGAUGGCUCCGAUCACCGACUGCCACUGAGGUUAUACCGAUUCAGGCUCGGACUACACCAGUAAAGUAUCGCCCAAACCAACCUCCUCUCUUUUUCGACCCACAACGUCAUAAGGGGACAAGAGGCGAUGAUGCAACCUUCAAGGAUCGCUCGGUAUGGGAGCCUCUAGCCCUCAAGGAGCAGUCUACUGUGAGGAAUACUACAUCCGGGCAUGUCGUAUUCAAGCUCGUUGCCAGGGCUUGUAGGGAUAGCGACAGCAUAGUAGACAAGUUCCCAUCGACGAGACUUGGGCCUGGCGAUAUUCAGGGAGUUUUCGUCGGUAUCUCAGCCAUCGACUUCCUGCCGAUGGUAUUGACCAAAAGCCCAGAAUGGAAUAGAGAUGCUCAAGAGAAUACUGACGGCCUGGGAUCUGUCAAAUUGGAAAACUCGUGCGAUGCAUCUGGUGGCAGAGAGAUUAUCUGGCUCGAAAACAUGUUGAUUCCGGGCAACAUCGCGCACGUCAAAUCUGCACUUUUCAACACACUAGCCGAUUCUGAGAAAGAACACUUCAUGCGGGUUGCUAAGCGCGAGAACAGUCUUCUCAGACGUGGGUUGAGUCCUGCUGGGGUUGCAAAAGUCCUUCCUUCGAGCGAGUCACCAGACCGCAAGCCGGCGAUUUGUCGAUCUAUUCAUAACGGCCAAAGCUACGACACUUUGCAUUACAUACUGCGCUGGCCCCCGAUGGCUGUUUUGACAUUCCCACCCGAAAUGAUCGAGGAGAUGAAGAGGUUUCUGCGCCAAUACCCCCAUGAUAAUGUGCCUUUGAACAUUGCACUAGCUGCAGCAAUCAUCCAUACGGAUCUGGCUGAUGAGGGUUGGCCAAACGAAGGAUUUUUGUCUCAUCGCUUUGAGGGGCCAAAGGCUAUCAAGCCUACUCCCCUUGCCAGGUUCAUUUUGUACUUCCCUCAUAUGCUCAGAUACGUUGAGACAAAACACCUCACCGCAUUCAUUCAUCCGGCUCGUUUCGCAACCUACCACUCCAAUCGAGAUCCUUCAGUCUACGCAUCUUCCAUCAAUCAGAAGGAAAUGAAGACCUGGUGCUCACAGAUUCGGUCACGAUAUCCUCAGGUCUCAAGUAAGUGCAGGUUGAAUCUGAUUCCUGCUUCUAUGCCAGGUACUCAGAUGGUGUUCCCCGCGGAUUGCACCAGCGCAGAGCCUCCAACGACCGAUCUUUUCCAGAUUUGUUGCUUGGACGACAUUCGAACUCUUGGACUACCCAGCUACCACCAUAACAAGCACUAUGAUCUCGAGGAUCAUGGGAAAUUCCGCUACAUCGGCGGUCCAACGUGGCUCUUUUCCAAACACCUCAACCGCGCCACCUACGCCCUGGCGCAUACCCUGGGUGUGAACUAUUGGCUGCCUAGUUCCGACACGAGAAUUAUGACUCUAAGUGGUCCAGCAAAGAAGGUCGGCCCGGUAUUUCGAGAUCUCCCGUUGCCUAGCAAUGACAACGCACUUACUGGUAUGACUCAAGCGGUUCAGCGACGUUUCGGGAUUAUGGCCCCCUAUACCAAGGACUACGACUAUCAAGAUAGCAUCUCGAGCCAGACUCGCAAAAAGCGGUCUUCUCGGGCAAAUGAGCUGUUCAGAGUGGCAAGAUACAUGGAAAUUCCCAUCGACCACCUACGACUAUGUCCGAAGUCCGGCUAUCCUACUUGGGAAGGCAUGGAAUCCCAGCUCAAGAACCUGGCGAAGGAUGGGUUGCUGGAUGGUAUUAUCAACGGGGACGGAGCUACUCCUACACCAAAGCGUCCCCGAACCUCUGAACGCAAGCUGGAUGACUCUGUUAAGGCCAAGAUUGAGGGCCUGCUAGGAAGCGCGGCAGCUGUAUCCCGAGACUGGGAGGCUCUACGAGUCUAUCUCCAAGGCAGUGAACUGACCAUAGAAGGGGCACGAAAGUCUCUGUCGCAGCUGCAGUCGUUCAUCGCCAGCAUAGAAAAGGAGUUUUGUUCCGAAAAUGCCACCAAUGGAAGAGGCAAUCUCAAGGAGGUCAUAAGACUCACUUUCAGAGCUGCUGGUCUCGAGCCAGAACUUGCGUUGGCGGCGUGCGAGAAUAAGCUAGCCUGUCAGAAGAACAUGUUGGCACAACUCGAGCAGUCGGUAAAACAGAACAUUGAGCAUAUCUACGAGCUGCAACCUUUGAAGAAUGGGUUCCUGUAUGCUCUUCCGUACGUCAAGGCUCUAUCGGAUUCACCACUGAUUCAGGGCCAAUCUGCAUUGCUCAAAGAAAUCGAUGCAUUGUUGAGUGCGGAGAUAAAAGACGAACCCUAA